AUGGCUGCAUCCGCUCCCAUCCUGCCGACGAUCUCGAUCAACGUCGACUACGACGAGGAGCGUCAGAAGAUCACCGACUUCCUGUGCUUCUUCAAGGCGCCCGCGUCACGGCUCACCACGCUGGUCUCGCAGGGGGCCGGUGCGCCCAUCAGCCUCGAGGAUGCCGACGACGACGAAGACGAGCUGGAGCGCGAGCUGAGCGGUGCCAUCGACCGCAUGAAUGUGGACCGUUCGGCGGCACAGCGUCGUAGUCGCGCUCGCGCCGAGGCCGAGGCGUCCAGUUCGCGCCAGGUGCCGUUUUACAUGCACCAGCUGCAGAACAUUGCGAACCGCGAGCAGGACUCGCUCGUCGUCGAGCUCGACGAUGUGGCGGCGCACGUCAACACAGCAACGGGCGAGUCGGGCGCACAGCUCGUCGGAGCGAUUCGGGGCAAUGCCAAGCGGUAUGCGGAUCUGUUUGCCGAGUGCGUCGACCGCCUGGUGCCCGAGCCGAGCAAGGACAUCUCGCACAAGGACGACGUGCUCGACGUCAUCCGCCACCAGCGCAUGGAGCGCAACGCCCGCACCGUCGAGAGCGCCCAAGACCCCAACGACACCGGCGUCGCACCCGAAGAUGCCAGCGAUAACGUCUUCCCGCCCGUGCUGCUGCGCAGGUACACGCUCUACCUCAAGCCGUCCACGCGCCGGGUGGCGGGAGAGCAGCCCGAGGAGCCGCUGGCGGUGCGUGCGGUGCGUGGCUCGCAUCUGGGCAAGCUGAUUACGGUGCGUGGUAUCGUGACGCGCGUGUCGGAGGUGAAGCCGUUCUUGCUGGUGGAUGCGUAUGCGUGCGACGUGUGCGGCGCCGAGGUGUUCCAGGAGGUCACGUCGCGCCAGUACAUGCCGCUGACGCAGUGCAACUCGCGCCGGUGCCUCACCAACAACACGCGCGGCCCGCUGUACCCGCAGGUGCGCGCGAGCAAGUUUGUGCCGUUCCAGGAAGUCAAGAUCCAAGAAAUGGCCGAUCAGGUUCCCGUCGGCCACAUCCCGCGCACCAUGACCAUCCACGUCUACGGCCCACUUACACGCGCCAUGAAUCCGGGAGACGUCGUCCACGUCGGCGGCAUCUUUCUGCCCAUGCCCUACUCGGGCUUCAAGGCGAUCCGUGCCGGUCUGCUUACGGAUACGUAUCUGGAUGCACAGAGCAUCCAUCAGCUCAAGAAACAGUAUACCGCCAUGCAGCGCACGCCCGAAAUCGCCGCACAGAUCGCCGAACUCAAGGACGACCCGGCGCUGUACCAGAAGCUGGCAUCGAGCAUUGCGCCCGAGAUCUACGGCCACGACGACGUGAAAAAGUGUCUGCUCCUCCUGCUCGUGGGUGGAGUCAGCAAGACCGUUGGCGACGGCAUGAAGAUCCGCGGCGACAUCAACGUGUGUCUGAUGGGCGAUCCAGGUGUGGCCAAAUCGCAGCUGCUCAAGUACAUCUCCAAAGUCGCUCCGCGCGGCGUCUACACGACGGGACGCGGUAGUUCCGGUGUGGGCUUGACCGCGGCGGUGAUGCGCGAUCCCGUGACGGACGAGAUGGUGCUCGAGGGUGGAGCGUUGGUGUUGGCGGACAACGGUAUUGCGUGCAUCGACGAAUUCGACAAGAUGGAAGAAAGCGACCGCACGGCGAUUCACGAGGUGAUGGAGCAACAGACGAUUUCCAUCUCCAAGGCGGGCAUCACCACCACGCUCAACGCGCGCACCUCGAUCCUGGCCGCGGCGAAUCCGCUGUACGGACGGUACAAUCCGCGCGUGAGUCCGGUGGAUAACAUCAAUCUUCCGGCUGCGUUGCUGUCGCGAUUCGACAUCCUGUAUCUGAUUCUGGAUACGCCUUCGAGGGAUGAUGAUGAGCGGCUUGCGCAGCAUGUGACGUAUGUGCAUAUGCACAGUGCGCAUCCGGAGCUCGAGUACGAUGUGAUCAGCCCCACACUCAUGCGCCACUACAUUGCGCUUGCGCGUCAGAAGCGUCCCGUCCUCAGCAAGGCGGUAUCGGACUACGUGGUAGGCGCCUACGUCCAGAUGCGCAACCAGUACAAGGAAGACGAACUCUCCACCGACUCCACUGGCCCUUCAUCGAGCGGUACCGGCUACGUCAGUGCACGAACGCUGCUGGGUAUCAUCCGUCUGUCUCAGGCUUUGGCGCGUCUGCGAUUCGACGAUCAAGUCUCCCUCCCCGAUGUAGACGAGGCGCUGCGUCUGCUCGAAGUCUCCAAGAGCUCCGUACUCAACCACCCCUCGCUGGCGACUAGAGACACUGCACAGGACCAUACCUACAUCUCCAAGAUCUACCGCAUCAUCCGCGAGUUCUACAAUACCCACACAGCCGCCCUCGCCGACGACGACGCCAUGGACAUCGACCACGCCAUCCCCAUCCCCCAGCUCCGGGCACGCAUCCUUGCUUCCGGCUUCGUCGAGGACCAGUUCCAAGAGUGCCUCCAAGAGUACCAGGACUUGGGCGUUUUGCAGGUCUCGGCGAACCGGCUCCUCUUCCUCUAG